AUCAGCACCUAAGUGAGGCGAGUGCCGCAUCGAGCAAAUCGCACGAGUUCUCGCGUGCGCUAUGACGCGCCCAUCCGGGGUUUUUGAUUGGGGCCGUUCAUUAAACUGGCCAAAGAAAGUUUAUUUGCCCAUUGUAACGUUUGGACAGACUGAGGCGAUGUUAAUGUGAGAAAGAACAGAGUGGUACGUGAUUAUAAAACGAGCGAGCAAACGGAUGAGUCCGCAUGGCGGCGAUGACGUAGCGCGCAGCCGAUGCCCACGUCCGGGAUCCGGACAGGGACACGGGAGUCUGCGUGACUGCGGGAAUGAAAAUACAAAACUCACAGAACAAAACGGUAAAAGAAAAAAUCUUAAGAGAUUUAGCCGAUGUCCGAGCGAGCAUUAAACGUGAGUAAUUCUUCUAAAACCUCAAAUAGAUUGUAAAGAGCUUUGGUCACAAUCUCUAUAUAGUUGGAACUCAUUUUCCGACCCGGUGACAUCUUUUUUUUUUUGGUUUUACUUAAUGAGGCGGCUUGAUACCGGGAAGAGCGCGAGAGUCUUGUAGGAGGACGGAUGCUUAUGUUCUCCAGACAGGGAGGAGAGAAGUCAACAAUUCCCACUUCCUCCAAAGUGGAUCAUCCGAAAGGGCCGAUCAGCUCCACCUCCACCGCGGCCUGCUGAAGCCUCCGUUACCGCAAUGGCACACGGAUGCAGAGGGAUGCAGGAAGCGCGCGAGAUGCGGAGAGACAGCGCGAGGCUUGUGGUGAUGGGGCUAGGGCAAACACUUACAGAACUCUGAUGAGGAAAAAUAAAUAAAUAAAUAUAUAUAUAUAGAGAGAGAGAGAGCGUAGAAUGUGUUAUCGCAUAUGCAAGAGGUAAAUGCGUUACCAAAUAUUAUCAAACAAAUGUUACGCGUUUAUGAACAGCUCAUUUGAUGCAUCCUGAUUUAGUUUCCCAGUGGUGUACCCGCCUCGAGAUAUCGCCAAAGUAAUUUCCAGUCAUUUUUUGGACAUUGGCCGAUUUUUCUAUGAAAGUCUUGUGAAAUAAAAUGCCGUCACCGUCCGACUCGAGCAGCGCGGCAUCGCUUUCCGGCUCGCGCGCCUUUUCGGGGAGCCGCAGAGGCACUUCCGGCAGGGCAAGGGCAAGCGCGCGCGUGCUGCUCUACCUGGGCCUGUGUCACCUCGCGCUCGGCGCCAUGGUGCUCGCGUUCAGCUUCACGAGCCUGGCGUUCAGCGCCUCUGCCCGGGUGCGACAGUCCUGUCCUUUCUGGGCUGGUUUCUUCGUCGUGGCUUCUGGAAUAGUAGGAGUGAUAUCUUGGAGGAGACCCUUCACAUUAGUGGUUUCACUGUUCAUGCUGCUGUCUGCCGUGUGUGUGAUUCUCAGCCUGGCUGGCUCCAUGCUGUCCUGUCAGAAUGCACAGAUGGUCAAAUCGUACCUCACCUGCCGGGUGGAGCACGGUCUGUGUGUAUGCUGUGACCCAAAACAGACAUGCUCUUUGAUAGAAGAUGAGACUCUAGUGCUCUACCUGCAUGCCGACUGCCAUUCAGUGCGGCACCAGCUCAAGGACCUGCUGUUUAGUGCCUGUGGACUAAGCAUACUUUCUACCAUCAUAUGCACUUUGUCAACAGUCACCUGUAGCAUCCAUAUUUUUUCUCUAGACUUGCUUCAUCUGCUGGCACCUCACCGAACACGUUCAGUUAACCCAGAAUGCACCACUCCUCAGGAUGCCUUUCUCACUAAUAUGAUGGACUUUGAAGAGUUUGUCCCACCCAUCCCUCCGCCUCCUUACUACCCUCCCGAAUACACCUGCAGCUCUGAGACUGAUGCUCAGAGUAUCACAUAUAACGGCUCAAUGGAGAGUCCUGUGCCUCUGUACCCUACAGACUGUCCUCCUCCGUAUGAAGCAGUGAUCGGGCAAAGGGACCCCACCCUGCCCACUCACGCUGGCGAGGCUUCUGCUGAGAGAGGAACCUCUGUGGGUUUCAGUGGUGAAGUGUCAGGUGACAGUGGCUCUCUGCUGAUGUCUGAGAUUGUAGAUAUUCCAGAUGAUAGUUCUCCAUCAGAGGACUCCUGUGUGCUGGAGGUGGCAUUUGCAGUGCGGACGCGGGCACGAGGCGUCAGUGAGGGAGGGGAAGGUGUUGACUACAGCAUCCCACAAACACCCACGGCUCGCUGCUGCUUCAGAGGCGAGCGGUCCAACUCCUGCUCCUCUCCCAGCACCUACAACACCUCCACAUUUAGGUCUCCUGUAAUGCGACACCAGGCCCUGCUUGCCUAUAGUUGUUCUCACUUAGAGAUGCUAGGUGGUACUGCCUCCCCACGCUCCUCAGUCCCAGAGAUCCUGGUGUGUCCGUGUACUUCGUCCCGACGAGGAUCUUCUUCUGAUGCAACCAAUCCACGAGCUUUGCCCUCCUUAGGUGUUACUCGAGAUCACCAGUGCAACUUGGCUCCCGGGCUCCACCCAGUCCCUUGUGUCCAUCGGCGAUGUGGCCGGGACAGUAGGGACAGUGAAGCCCUCCUUCCCUUGGUGAGGUCACACAGUGAACCGGGACUGAGCUCCUCCACCGAUACAGGUGAUUUUCCUUGCUCAGUAGCCAGCAAAGGAAUAGGUGAGGGUGGCUCUCGUACCUCAUCAGACACAGGCCGGUCGUCAGCGUGUCUGCUGCUGCAGCGAUCUCCUCUGGUGUCUACUGGUAUGCUGCCAAGGAAAGGAAGCCUGAAGGCUACCACAGAGCAGCUACCCUCUAAACAGCCUCUGGCUAGCUCUCUGCGCAUCCAAAAAAGCUGCACUCGAUCUUUGGGAGACCUGAAGGUGACAAGAGUGCUAGUGCAGCGCUUGCUUCAGAGGUCCAAACGAAAUCUAGCACCUGCCUCGGAGCAUACUGGGAACUGUGGUCAGAGACCCAAAAGGAGGGUUGGAGGGGAUGGAAGUCUCCCGUUCGAUCAGGUCUUGCGUGCAUCUUGGGGUGCCAGCAGGGGGCAGCAAUACCAGCACCGUUCCCACCACCAUCGCCGUGGGCACCACCAUUCUCACAGCGAGGGAUACCCCAUCAUCCGUCACAGUGAUCCUGACCCUGCGAGGACAGAGGGCAUCCACCUGCGCAGCUGCGGCGAUCUGAGCUCUAUGUCAGUCGUGUCAUUGCACCGGCUCCACCCACACUCGCAUACAUCAUCCGGAGCUCUGCAGUUCGACUCCACCCUCUGAGUGAAAGCGUGGCUUGUUUAAAGCAAAGGGGAGGAGAGGUUGUUGGCUGAAGGAGAUCAGAGGUAAUCGAAGUGGUAAUUGAGAAAAAAAUCUCUGACUUUGACUGCUGACUAACAGAAAAAGAAUAGAGGAAAAUGUAUCAUUUGGGAUUACACAGGUGGACAUUCUUGACUUUUUCUGUAAAACCUUUUCAGAAACUUAGAAAUCUGUCAUAUCCUCUCACAAAUAUUAAUUAACUACCCUGAGAAAACAUGGAAGAAAUCUUUUGAGAAACCCCUCUGAAAAGCUGACAGAUCCCUUUAUAGAAUUCGGACUCCAGACCCAUGGCUGCCAGUGCCUCAACAACACGGUGGUGUUCUGCCUUUCUCAGCCUCCUCCUCUUCCUCUCUGUCUGUCCAUCUUGUCAAACUCACCAUUCUCGCUCACUGUGACUCUGUAGAACUGUCAAAGGAGAGUAUGAGGAAGUGACAUAUCUCCCGCAGUGCUUCCAGUCACUACACACAAAGCUUCCAUCAGAAAAAAAUCUGCACUGUUUAUACAGUAUGCAUAUCUCUUCUCGGUUUUGGUAAAAGCACUGAACUCUUUCUAUGGGUUUUAUACCCUGUUCUGGACUUUUAUGGAUCUAGCUGAAAGAUUGUGAAUCUCAAAGGGCCAUCACACUAUAUGAAGCAAUGUCUUACUUAUAUGAGACAUUUUUUUUUUUGCUUUGGUAUUUAGUUCAUCUCUUUUUGACCAUUGAUCUAGACAAUGUCAUAAUGUAGAGCGUUGACAUUUACUACUGUCAGUCAGUCCUUAGAAAAUACCAAACAGUGCUGCAUAAAGAAAACCACACACACACACACACACACACACACACACACACACAAACCCUCAUCAAUCCCAAUCUAUAUAUCAUUCCCUUUAUGAGCAAAAGUCACAUAACAUGCACUGGCUUUUUUUAAGUGCAUGCUUUUUUUAUUUUAACUUAGUAACACAGUGUAAUAGAAAUAUUGGUUAUUUGCAUCUUUUUCUCUUUUUUUGUUUGAAUUGGACUCCUGAUACUGUGCAGCAUUUGCUCUUUUUUCCGUUUUUUCUUUUGCAUGUGAGAUUUUUCCUUGUUUUUUGUUGACACAAAAAAAAUGUGAACUAUGUGUCAGCAUGAUUGAGGAAUGCUGCUGAGGUUAAUACAUGAUGAAGCUCUGGCAAUAAGUGAAUAAACUCUCGAUGCACUGCGUAGCUACAAAGUAAACUAGAAUAAGAAAUAAAGGGCACUUAUUUUAAAAUAAAAUGUUGAAAUUGGGCUUAUGAUGAGUUUCAAGAACUCAUUUCGAUUAGUAGGAUUCUUCUAUCCCAAUACUGUUUUCAUCACGUUUUUUCCGACUUCCUCUUGACUUGUUUUUACGCAAGUUACUUUACAUAAGUGUCCACUUGUAAGCACAAUGAAGCCGAAGGAAUUUUCUUGGAACUGUGUACAGGAAUUUUCCAUAUAUGUAAGUGGCCAUAUAUGGUCAUAUAAGCUUGCCACUAUGCUAGUUUGCUGAUGAAGUACCUAGCAUAAUAAUCAAAUUGAACUUAGAUAGUUGGUUCUAUAUUAAACUAAAAUUGGAUACAUUUUUUAAAAUGUUUUAAAAAGUUAUCUUCAUCGCAUAGUAAUUGACAUUUUUCCUUUGUUCUAAUCACAAUUAGCAUUUAGAUCGCAAAACCUUCUGGGAAAUUCUGUUACUGAAGUCAGUAUCAGGACUUGGAUGUUGACUCCAUCCUUCAGACCUCCAAGGGGUCUGACAAAUUUCACCAAGCCAAGUAAUAUACAGUAUGUCCCAUAAGAUAGGGAGGAGGUUUGUUCUGAAUGGACAUGGUAGAGGAAGGUCACUAAGGGCGUAAUUAAAGCAGUAUUGGAAUUUAACCCAUUUUUAUGUUUAGCAUACCCCAAGCAUAAUAUUAUUUUAAGGAAAAUGCUAAAUGCCAGUGCAGGGUCUUCUAAUUUAGGGAUAUAUUUGGAGAACUAGUUCAAGGACUGUUUGCAGUGAACACCUUGUUCAUUGUUGUAAAGAAAAUUUAUUCUGGAAUUUCAUUCGCACUGAAAACAACUUGAAAAAGAGCUUAUAAAAUUCUACCUCCUGCUUUGCACUUUGAUGUAACGUAAUGGGAGAAUUUCAAUUUAUGGCUCUUAUAAUAUAGCCUUUACACUGACCUUAUGAGGAUAUUAAACUGGGAUGUUAUAUGUUAACUUAAAUGAUUCAAGUGAGUAAGCGUAAUAAACUUUUGAUGCAAAUUAUGUAUAAAAACGUACUGAAUAAAUGCAUAGACAACCAAACUGUGCUUGUGUG